CUGUGUGUCCGCUCAUUUACAUUUAAACAUCCAGAGGAGGCAGGGCUGAGAGUUGAGCAACACUUUUAAAGCCAGUUAAGCGUCAGGUCUCUUCAAAUCAGCACACUCCGUUCCACCAUGUUUGUUUCUUUCAUUCUUCUGUGGAUCUGUGUUGUCUUUUUCAUUCUCUGUCUCAAAUGUCGGAGACCCAAGAACUUUCCGCCAGGUCCUCCUCCAUUGCCAGUGCUGGGGAACUUGCUGAACCUCAGCUUGGACAACCCCAUGAGGGACUUUGAGAAGCUGAGGAGGUGCUAUGGAAACGUCUACAGCCUGUUCAUUGGUCCCAAACCAGCCGUUGUCAUUAAUGGGGUGCAGGCCAUGAAGGAGGCUAUGAUGACCAAGGCUGUUGAUUUUGCUGGACGACCCCAAGACAUUUUUGUCAGUGAUCUCACCCAGAACGGAAUGGUUCUUGCAGACUAUGGCCCCAGUUGGAAGGAGCAUCGCCGCUUUGCUCUGAUGACCUUAAGGAAUUUUGGUCUGGGGAAGCAGUCCAUGGAGCAGAGGAUUCUGGGAGAGAUACAGUACACAGUGGAAACACUGGAGAAGAGCAUUGGUACAAUCCUGAGUCCUCGAGUUAUGUUUCACAACGCAGCCUCCAACAUCAUCUGCCAGGUCCUGUUUGGUACGCGUUUUGACUAUGAUGAUGACUUCAUCAAAGUGGUUGUUCAGUGCUUUAAAGAAAACUCCAAGAUAGCGAAUGGGCCUUGGGCUAUGCUGUACGACUUUGUUCCCAUGAUUCGAAACCUACCGCUGCCGUUCAUGAAGGCCUUUAAGAACAUUGAGACAUGUAAGAAACUUGCAACUGGUCUGAUUACUGAGCACAAAGAAACCAGAGUCCCAGGGAAACCACGAGACUUCCUUGACUGUUAUCUGGAUGAACUAGAUAAGAGGAGCGAUGAUGGCUCCUCUUUCUGUGAGGAUCGACUCAUCAUGUUUGUUCUGGAUCUUCACUUUGCUGGGACUGACACCACAUCCAACACCCUGCUCACUGGCUUCCUCUACCUCACGACCUACCCUCUUGUACAAGAGCGAUGUCAGCAAGAGAUAGACUGCACUUUGGAAAAGAAGGAUCAGGUCACUUAUGAUGACAGACACAACAUGCCUUACAUGCAGGCUGUGAUCCAUGAAGUCCAGAGGAUAGCCAACACUGUCCCUCUAAGUGUCUUCCACUGUGCAACAAAAGACACAGAGCUCAUGGGUUAUUCGCUACCCCGGGGUACGUUGAUCAUCCAGAACCUGAACUCAGUGCUGAAUGAGGAGGGACAGUGGAAAUUUCCUCACGAAUUCAACCCUGAAAACUUCCUGAACGACCGGGGAGAGUUUGUUAAACCAGAAGCCUUCAUGCCGUUUUCUGCAGGUAUGAGAGCCUGGACCCCGAGUGUUUGUGUUCUGUCUUCUAUUCUAAGAACUGUACACAACUUACUGGAUGAAAAUGAUGUCUCAGGUCCUCGCAUGUGUCUUGGAGAGGGCCUGGCUCGUAUGGAGCUCUUCCUCAUCAUGGUGACUCUGCUGAGGAAGUUCAACUUCAUCUGGCCUGAGGAUGCAGGACAGCCAGACUACACGCCAGUUUAUGGAGUCACUCUGUCUCCCAAACCUUACUGCAUGAAGGUCCAACUCAGGGCCACACAACAGAAUCUGCAAAAACAAUGAAGGAUAAUCCAAAUGGACGCAAGUGGCCAGUAACCCAAAGUCCCAGUGACGACGAAUACAGUGGAGACAACAGAGGGCUGUUGUGCUACUAUUUACUUGUUAAUGUAAUGGAUAAUCCUGUGUGUGUGUGUGUGUGUGUGUGUGUGUGUGUGUGUGUGUGUGUGUGUGUGUGUGUGUGUGUGUGUGUGUGUGUGAAAGGCUACAGGAAGUGAUGGUAUGCAAGCUCUGUUGCGGGUGAGUGAAUUUAAACUAUUUUAACAUAGCUGUAUAGAUUACAAAACAAAUUAUUCUUUCCUAAUAACUGCUCCUAAUCAUCUUUAUUGUAUGUAUCUUUAUUAUGAAUAAUAAUAUUAAAUAAAUGUUCAUAUCUAAUAGCAUAGUAUCUUUCAUGCUAC